GUUUUAUGUGAACAGUUGAUGUGUUGUGGGAUCUCCUGCCGAGGACCGUUAAAUAUGAAGAAAACAGCAGACGGACUCACUGUCACUCUUUUCAGGUACUGGCUAUACAUGUAAUCUACGGAGCGAGCAGCGGGCAAACUGACCAUAAAUGCGUAAAUAAACUAGCCCGUCCCAGAGAGUGAGGCGUUCCUCUCGGACUUUUUUCGAUCAAUCACACAGACAGUGGCUUCUUUUGAUUAAACCCCAAAUUGUCAUUGGACAGAGGUAAUCAUGUGACAAGCAAUACGGUCCAAUUUCAACCUUGUCUCCAUGAAAGCAAUAGUUUAAUGGCACCGCGGUCCCCAUACGGCCGUAAUCAGCAAAAUAGUUUUUUUUUUAACCCGGCACGAUAUUUCAUUAUAUCUUCCUUGAGUCACAAAUUUGAGAGCGGCGAAUUUGCAAGACUUGGAGGAGAUGAAUUACGAAUUCGAGCGAGAGACGGGUUUUAUCAAUAGUCAGCCGUCGCUCGCUGAGUGCCUGACAUCUUUUCCCCCUGUCGGUGAUGCAUUUCAAAGUUCAUCAAUCAAGAGCUCGACGCUUUCACACUCGACACUGAUUCCUCCUCCUUUUGAGCAGACCAUUCCAAGCCUGAACCCCGGCAGCCACCCUCGCCACAGCCGGCCCAAGCAGAACCCUAAUGGCUCAUGCCCGCUGCCUGCCGCAUCCUUACCCCCAGAGUACCCUUGGAUGAAGGAGAAAAAAGCAUCCAAGAAAAACCAGACAACUUCGACAGCGGCAACCACCGACCCUGGUCCACUAUACUUCUCCCCUCAAGGCUCGCCCGAGAUUUCUGAUGGUGGCAGUGGGGCAACUCGCCGACUCAGAACGGCGUACACUAAUACUCAGCUGCUGGAGCUGGAGAAGGAGUUUCACUUCAACAAGUAUCUGUGCCGGCCAAGGCGUGUGGAAAUCGCCGCUCUGCUAGACCUCACUGAACGACAAGUCAAAGUUUGGUUUCAAAACCGGAGAAUGAAACACAAACGGCAAACGCAGUGCAAAGAGAAUCAUCACGGCGAUGGAAAACCACCGAGCCUGGAGGAGGCAGGCGGACGGGGUGAUGGGAAAUCUUUUUUCGAACAAGUGGCAAACAAUGUAUCAGGGGCGCUUUUGGAAAGAGAGGGUUAUCCAUUUCAGCAGAAUACCUUAACUUCUCAACAGUCACAGAAUGGACACAAUAGUGAUUCCCAAAGCGCAACUGUCUCGCCUUUAGGUAGCAAUGACAAACAUCUGAAACAUUUUCCCAACCCGUCACCCACUGUUCCUAUCUGCACCACAACAAUGGCCCCGGAUUGUGCAUCUGCUCAGAACAAUGGCAGUCCCUCGGCCCUGGACGUCUCUUUACAGGACUUCAACGUUUUCUCAAACGAUUCCUGCUUACACCUCUCAGAUGCCGUGUCUCCAAGUUUGUCAGAAUCUGUAGACAGCCCCAUUGGUUUAACUACGGAGGCCUUUGAUUUCUUCUCUGAGACGCUUACAACAAUCGACCUGCAACACUUGAGCUACUAACUCUAACUGAAGUUUCAUUAUAGGGACGUCAAUAUCUUUCUCACAUUAAUGGUCUGUGUGUUUAAUUGUGACUUUAAAAAUAGGCCUAGACCAUUAAUCAAUGAGGUAAGUUUUUCAAUAAUCAAAUUAUCCUUUCUGUUUACAGAGAAAAUAUGGCAGGAAAAAAGUGAUAUUUUUCACGUUUUAUUUUUGUAUCGCUCGACGGCAAAGCGCCAUAUUUUCAUAGAAUAAAUUUGUACUUGUUAUUGAAAGU